CCAACUCAUCAAUAUCAAAAAGAAUCGAUAACAAGUAGUUGUUUUUGCUCCGUUUUACUCUCAAAAUGAGAAUUAUCAUCUCGUUCAUUUUAUUAAUUCAAGUGAACUAUUUCGUGGUUUAUGCCACGAAUAGUGAAAUUACUUAUGCGAUUUGCACGAAUUCCACAAAUGUGAUAUUCUCUUGUGGAGUCAAUAAUCGUGCAAACCCACAACCAAGUGCUGAAAAAUCGGCUGGCUUAACUGCUAAAGGCGAAGUUGCUGAUACGCCUGUUCCGUCUUUCGAGAAAUUUAAGUCUGAAAAUCAAUUGGGUGAAAAUGCUGAAGAAAAAACCGAACCAAAAGCUGCCGAAAACGAGGAUUCUACGCAAGAAAAAACUGCGUCGGCUGCAACAGUAAAAAGAUCUGUGGAUGGUGAAAAUGCAGAGAGUGGUGAUGUGAAGCAGCCAGAUCAAGCAAAAAAAGUUGAAGAAGUCAAAGCGGAUUCGACAGAACCGACCUCUGAACCGUCGAAAACUAAAGCACAAAGUGAAAAUAAAAGUGAAGCUCCGAAAGAGAAUGAGCAAGUAACGCCAGAGGCACCGAAAGAAACAACUAUAAAUGAAGUUCAAUCAGAAGAUAAAUCGAAACAGCCCCCCGAAAAUGACGCGACCAAAACACAAUCCGCCGAUGAGAAAGUCGAAUCGGAGAAAAAAGACGACAACACAUCUGAAAAACCUGAAACUAUAAUAGAUGCAAAACCAACAACAGGUGAUGUAAAGGAAAGUUCCGUUGAGCACAUUUCAAGCCCGGGUGCAUCGACUUUCGAGUGUUAUUGGAAAGGAAACAAUUUGACAACGCAUACAAAAACGAAUUUCGUGUCAAUUCAUUACCAGGAUUGUCAUUUUCCACAGUUACCAUUCCACACCACCUUGCUCUAUACUUACGAAAAUCUUCGCAUUUUCAACGUGUCCAAUGUGGGUCUGAAGGUGUUUGAAGCGGUUACAGGUGCAGCACAACUCGAAACAAUUUUGGCUUCAUAUAAUAACCUAAACAAAAUCCAUACUAAUUUAUUCUCAAAUUCGAGCAGUUUAACCACAUUAGAUCUGUCGCACAAUCACAUUAGCGAAAUCGAACCAAUGGCUUUUGAUGGUUUGAGCGAAUUAAAAUUCUUGAAUCUUUCUUGGAACAGUCUCGACACCGUGGAACAAACACUUUUCGCCAAACUAAUGCACUUGGAGUAUUUGGAUCUGUCACACAAUCAAUUCACCGUUUUCGAUGGCCAACUCUUUGCACCGCUUGUGCAUUUAGAAAUUCUGACCUUGUCAAACAAUUUGGUCAACAACAUCAAUGCAUCCACUUUCACCGCAUUGAAGAAUUUAAAGCAUUUGGAUUUAUCAAACUUAAAAUUGUUCAGUAUUGAAUCGGGUACCUUUUCGAAUUUACUCGAAUUAAGAACAUUGAAUCUGGCGAAUAAUAGCUUGAACAAAAUUGACUUUGAGCCAUUCCACGCACAUGUCAAUUUUACGUCGAUCAAUCUGAAUGGAAAUCGUUUGACCGAUUUGGAUGGCUUCAAAAACGAAUCGUUCCCGAAACUUGAGAGCUUUGGCAUAACCAACAAUCAAUUUAAUUGUACGUACUUGGAAACGUUCUUGAAGUCGGUCGACUCAAAAUCGAUAAGUUUUACAUGCGGUCAAUCGGCGUCAAAUGGUGAUAACAUUAAUGGCGUUUCGUGUGAAAAGGAAGGUAUUUCGGUGCGAAAAUAUGUCGCCGGAAUGGUUGAAAACGUCGAAUGUGCUUUUACGACAAUGAAAGUUACAUUGCUACUUCUUUGCAUUGCAAUGUUGGCCAUGGUCAUUUUCAUUGUGAUCGUUCGGCGAAAGGUUAACAAAGCCACUGGAAGAGCCGCUGUUUAUGAACUCACCGAGGACGCAGAGGGAAGAAGAGAAGGAAAAGCCGUUGUUUAUACGUAAAUUUUGAAACGGUAAGAUGGAAACGGCAUUUGGAGUAUGGUAGAAAGGGGAAAAGGAUUAAAGUAAUCAAAAGAUAUUCAAGUUUUAAAGUUAACAUUUCAAUUGAUAAUUUCAAUCAAACACCAAUAAAAAACUUUUGCAAAGCAAAAAA